AUGGCAGAAACAAAAGAAAAGAAAAAUACUCCUCAUUUAAUUUUACUAGAUAUUGAUGGAACUAGCACUAAUCCAGAUUUCGCUACUUUAAACCCUCGACUAAAAAAAGUUUUACAAGAAUUAAUAACCAAAAAAAAUCAUUUGGUCUUGGCUUAUAAUGGCGCUUAUAUUGGUCAUCCGGCAAAAAAAAAUGAAGAAAUAGUAAUUAAUCCUAUUUCUAACCAAGUAGUAAAAGGCAUUUUAAACGAACCAAUAAUUAAAAAAAAUCUCCGUAAUGUUUUGAUAGAUAAAACAGACCGAACCACUAUUAGCACUAGUGAUGAUAUUUACUACCAAGAAAUUUUUUUCAAUGGAAAUCCUUAUGUCAAAGGCAACAUCUCAAAACUUUUGGGCGAUAAAGGCGCUUUGCAAUUAGUUUUAGAAUUUCCUCAUGACGAGGAGACAUUUAAUAAUAUUUUGCUCGUAUUACGCACUGAAUAUGGUGCGGCAAUUGAUUUUUACUUUGGUAGCAAAUUAAAGGCUAAAAAAUCUGGUGAUAAAGUCCUAGUCCCUGAUCCAAAAAGCAUAAUAAUCAAAAUUCGUAGCAAAUUCGCAAGUAAAGAAUUAAUUCGCACCGUUGGUAAAGGCAUUGCGAUGGCAGAUAGUGUUCAUUACUUAAAAGCCUACGCCCAUGGUAUAACUGAUUAUGGAAUUCUCAAUAGUGAUGGAGUAACAAAAUAUCUUUCCAAACACUUUAAAUUCCAAAGAGAAGUCAAACAAAAGGAGCGAUCUCUAAAAAGAAAGGUCGAAAAAAUUAAAGAUAAUACUAAUAAAAAACCAAACGAUGCUAAUAAAGCUGACGACAAUCUUACUUAUAGCCAAAAAAAUUACAUAGAAAAACAAUUAGCACUUCCUCAUGGUCAAUCAUUACAAAGUUAUCUCAAUAGUGCCAAAACACCAGAAGAACGAAAACAAAGAGAAAACGAAAUCCGGCAACUCCUUAAUCGAUGA